CCAUUGUAACUUAAACCAUACCACAUUACGCUCAGUGAAGGCGUGCUUGACCCAGAAGAGCGAAGACGCUGUAAUUAAGUGGAUGUAGCUUAAUAACCGUUGUGAGGUGAACAGCUCUGUCUGGAGGACACCUGUGUUUUGGUUCAUAAGUGAGGAAGCGUGUACGACCUGUCGCGUGAACGGGUUCCAUCACUCCCGCUCGAACACACGGAAUGUCGUCAUGAAAUCCCGCAUCCUGAACAACCAGUGUUGAGAGUUAGGCUACCUUGCUAUUACUGUAGUUUAUGAGUCGACGCGUUCGUUGUAAAAACACCGAUUACCAACAGUAUUGUAAAAAUGUGAUACAAAGUUAUCGACUCGUAGAACAUGAUGACGGGUAAAAGUGUAGAUUGGCUGCAAGUGGAAUUAGAAUCUGGUGGGAAUUCGCUGUUGCUGCUGGAUUGCAGAUCGCAUGAGGUCUAUGAGUCAUCUCACAUCGAGACUGCUAUCAAUUUGGCGAUACCGGGGUUGAUGCUUCGCAGAUUUAAAAGAGGAAAUCUACCGAUUCGAUCAUUGAUUCCGAAUAAUGAGGAUAAGGAAAAGUUCAUACGGCAGUGCAAGACGGACACAGUGAUUUUGUACGAUGAAUGCACUUCGGAGAUGCACUCUGGAACGAGUUCAGUUUUAGGACUUCUCCUACAGAAGCUUUGGGACGAAGGGUGCCAAGCAUACUACCUGGGAGGGGGGUUUGCGUCAUUUCAGACUGAGUACCCAGAGCACUGCGAGACUCUGCUGGACGUGUCCUGCCCCAGCACCUCACCUCCCGCCUCCGUCCUGGGCCUGGGCGGCCUCCGGAUCAGCUCCGACUGCUCGGACGGCGAGUCGGACCGGGAGCUGUGCAGCGCCACGGAGAGCGAUGAGAGCCCGCUGUCGAGCGCCCAGGCGGCCUUCCCUGUGGAGAUCCUCCCCUACCUGUACCUGGGCUGUGCCAAGGACUCCAGCAACCUGGAUGUACUCGGCAAGUACAACAUCAAGUACAUCCUCAACGUGACGCCCAACCUGCCCAACAUGUUCGAACACGAAGGCCACUUCAGGUACAAGCAGAUCCCCAUCUCAGAUCACUGGAGCCAGAACCUGUCCCAGUUCUUUCCAGAGGCCAUCUCCUUCAUCGAUGAAGCACGCUCUAAACGGUGUGGUGUGCUGGUGCACUGCCUGGCCGGCAUCAGCAGGUCGGUGACAGUGACGGUGGCCUACCUGAUGCAGCACCUCAGCCUGUCUCUCAACGACGCCUACGACUUCGUCAAGCGCAAGAAGUCCAACAUCUCGCCCAACUUCAACUUCAUGGGCCAGCUCCUGGACUUCGAGAGGACGCUGGGGCUGAGCAGCCCGUGUGACAACUGCCCGGACAGCGCACAGCUAUACUUCUCCACGCCGACCAAUCACAACGUUUUCCAGCUGGACACUCUGGAGACGACAUGAGGGUGGAUAUUUUUUGUGGCCCGUGAUGAUCCCAUUUGAAAGGGGAACCUGUCUGGGGAGAACUAUCACUUGAGGACCAAAGCUAUUCUAGGAGAGCUUGACGUGAAUUCAGACGCGAUGAAAAAGGUUGUUGUCUGGUUCCAGGAACUUGUUAGUCGGAAAAUUAUGCACAUAUGGUGCAACGAAUUUAUGAAAUGGAGACGGCGAAAAAGAGAAGAAGGACACGUAUUCGUUGGACGUGCUUAUGAACUGAAACUCUCUAUGAAGCCACAGUAUGGUGGAGAACAUUCAGUCCUUUUCUAGGAAAAAAUGUAUUUCUGUGUACACUUUAAAAAGCUCUCGGAGAAACACACUCAUAUGCAUGAAUGUUUAAUUUCAUAAUGAUGUAAUGAUAUAAAAUGUAUUUUAAUAGAGUUGGGUCACUUUAGACUUAGUAAACAAGACCGAACAAGGUCGUCUGAAAACCAAAUACUAUGCUAAACAUCAAUGCUUAUUGCUAACAUAAGACUUAAAAAAAGAAAAAGAAAAAAAGAUAUUUUUUGAAGGGCUCAUUUUUGGUAAUAAAUGACAUGCAAUAGAUGCUUAAGCCAUAGCCCUCACUACAGAUUAUAAUAUAACUUCAGUCCUUUUUAAUGUCUUAUACAUAGAAUGUACAGUGAGCAAACCUUCUGAUAGUAGCUGUUUACUGUCAGUAUGCCCCAUUACAGCUAGUCAGUCUGCCAUUGCAAGUCACAUGUUGUGUGAAAUCGUGAGAGCAUUGAUGGUUCAUCCCGUGGGAUCGUCACUGGGAAGUUUAAGACUCCAACCAAAAGAUUGCAUUUACUCUGGGAUAAUCUACACCACCUACAAGCCUUGCAUAACCAGCAUCUGUACCCUGUUGUAAUGUAUGUAUUCCGUAAUGUAUGUAUUCCAUAAUGUAUAGCCAUUCUCGAAAAAACGACUGUUAUGCGCAUGUCUGUGGCCCUGAAGGGCCUGGUUUCAAAACGAGGGGAUGUGUGUGUGUGUGUGUGUGUGUGUGUGUGUGUGUGUGUGUGAGUGUGUGUGAGAGAGAGAGAGAGAGAAAGAGAGAGAGAGUGGUAGGAAUUUGCAGGGGGUCGUUGAGAUGAAGUAUACUUACAAUUUACAUACGAAGAAAAAGCACAGAGUGCAAAGAAGAUCCUACCGGGACCAAAGCUUUUACACAGCAUUUCUUAUACGGUACCCUAUAGAGGGCAAUGGGUGUCUUUAAGCUGGCCUUAAAUUACCAUAGCAUUUCUAAUGACUGUUAUUAAAUGUAUGUUUUUUCUCUGCAGUUCUCCACAAGGAUGGCAUGUCAAAUAUUAUGUACUAUUAACCAUAAUGACCAAAUGAAUUUGAAUUUUUUUCUUUUACAGGAAACACUCACUGAGACACAUAGACAUUGGUUUUGCAUAUCACACCACUUCACACUGAGCUAUGUCACGCAGUUGUUUUGUUAGUGGGACUGGUUGCUCAGUUCUGAAAAGCCUGUAAGAAUCCACUGAUGGUCAUGGUCAUAUCAUUCCUGUUGCCUUUUUUUCAUGAUGAAUUUCCAGUUCAACCAAUAGAAUUGGAAGCUCCUGACUAUAUGGUUCAUCCUGUAUUGAAGAGGGUUUUCAUAAACACAGUGUUUCUGGUGUGACUUAUUGACCCAUGACUUUAAGGUUGUUUUUUCUUCUUUUAUUUCUUUUCUUCUUCUCCUACUGAAGGAAAGUGAUCGCUAUAUGUCUAUCAACACUAAUGGAAGUGCUUGUAUGAUGUAAAAAAAAGUAUCAAUGGAACUGAUGCCAAUGACAGCCAGCUUGUCAGCGCAACAAAUUAGAGAGAUUUGCAAAUCUCGGGUGUGUUUCAGGGAUUUUAAAAUGCGCUCACCAUUCAUUUUAGCCUCUAAUACUUGUCAAAGUGCUGUUGUAUGGAUAUGCAUUUGUUUAAAAUGCAAGCUUCAGUAAUAUGAUAUUCUGUAUACUGUAUUUACUACACAAUAAGGGGUUCAUUGUGCUGUUCAUGAAGGUUUCGAUUCUACUGAUGUAUUUCAUGACCAGUGAAAUAUCUGUUUAUACGACAAAUAAAUGAGGUAUCAUUUUUCCUGUCAGAAAAAUGAUUUCCUUGUAAAAGUA